UUUUCAAAAAAUUUUAGUGGGGUAUGUGGUUGCUGACUUGAUCACCACCUUGAUUCUUGAAUAGUCAGAGAGGGAUAUAUUCCAUUUAUCAUCACCACCAGCAAAGGACAAUGCCCAUAGAAAAAUUCCCAUGGUUUCUUUAGGGUUCUUCCUCUCCAUCCCUCUCCAGAGGAUCCUCUCUUCUCUUCCUUGCUUGGCGCUCUUGGCUUUCAUGUGAUGUUCUUGCUCGACCUCUUGUAGCGGCGCGGAUUUUGGGGCGCCCUUGCUACAUUCUUGAUGCUGCUGCCGAUCGAAAUCGAAUGAUCCAGCAGGAGAUCUUCGAUCUGUCCAUGGGUUUGGCCAUGUCUUCGUCCCAGGCACCGCAUUCCUCGUGCCUGGGGAUGAGAUUCCAGAGGCGAUUGCACAGGCAAAAGCUCUACAUCCGGAAGCGCGCCGGGCAGCUGUGGAGAUUCGUCAAGAAGCUCCGCGUGAGAUUGUUCCUAGGCGGCAGGGGCGGCAGGAAUCGCGUGGUCGCAUCCGAGCAGCACCAAGCCCCGGCGCCAGCGCCAGCGCCGGGAGGAGGAGAAUGCAGCACGCCGUCGCGCAAGAAUCCGCGCAACAAGAUCAAGAUCGUCAAGAAAUCCACCUCCAUUCUCUUCGAGGAGGUCCAAGCUCCAGCCGGCGAGUGGUCUCUCAUCCCCGGCCUCCCACACGACGUCGCGCUCCAAUGCCUGGCUAGGGUUCCUCGCGUGGAGCACUGCCUCCUCCGCGCGGUGUGUCGGUCCUGGCGAUGGAUCGUGGAGACGCCGGAUUUCGUGGAGCAGCGCCGGCUCCUGGGAUGCGCCGAGGAUUGGCUCUAUCUCCACGUUGGGACGUCCCCGCAUCUGGACGAGCGCCGGGACCGCGAUGGAUCGUCCAAGAGGGGGAGUAGCAGCGGUGGCAAGUGGCAGCUAGUCGGGGGAUUUAGCUUGUGGCACGCGCUGGAUCCUUACAGAUACAAAUGGCACGCUCUUCCGCCAAUUCCAUACGAUGAAUCGGUGACGGGGGGCCAGGUCGUGCUGGGCGCUACCUCGGUGGUGAUGAACGGGAAUCUCUUCGUCAUUGGAGGAGCUCCAUUUGGAAAAGCUGCCAUCAGGGACGUCUGGGUUUACAACCCUCUACGAAACCGAUGGAAGCGAGCGGCACAGAUGAUCACCCCCCGCUUCGCCUGCCUCGCAGCUACAAUCAAAGGCAAGCUCUACGUCAUCGGUGGCUCGGGAAUCUGUCACCUCACAGGCUACUCCCUCCCGUGCCUCGAGGUCUACAAUCCAAAGACGGAUAGUUGGAGCUACAAAGCCAGUGCUCGGGGAAUCGUCACGGCUCAUCCAUGCAGCCCGCUCAAGUACAUCGCCGUAGUGGACGACAAGCUUUGCGUCAUAGGACCACAAAACGUGACCGGAAGAAUCAACGCAGGGAUGUAUGACCCCGAGUCGGACUCGUGGCUGGAGAUCAAGCCGGGGCUCAGAUCGGGGUGGGGGAAAGCAAGCACAGUCAUGGAUGGUUUGCUCUACACGCUCGACUUUGGGUGCUACCAGCAGUACGUUGCCGAGAAGGAUAGCUGGCUGCCAGUCAAAGGGAAGAACGCGGACUCUUUGCUCGAGUGGGAUCCCAGGCUGGUGUCCGCCAUGGCUGGGAGUAACGGGAAGCUCUACAUGGUUGGGACGAUGGGGCCGGCCUUGAUUGUGGUGAUCGCGCCGGUUAGAGGCGGCAAGGUGAACCAGAAUGUUUGCUGGCAUACCAUGAAGUUGCCGAAUGGUGUGGACUUUCUGGGGGACUUGGGACAUUGCUCUUGUCAAGUGAUCACAUUCUAAGGAGUGAUCCACUCGCGAUUUUAUUGUGUAACAAGUAAAUAAACGGAACAAAUUGAGAAAAAUCACUGUUCAAGCUAACAUAACGUUGGUCAAACUUAAUAUAAAAUCACUAGUUUUAGAAA